GUGAAGCGGCUCUGGUGAUAAGUAAUUUAGAAGUGUCGGACAAUAAUUACGCUGAGGCAUGGCGUCUACUCUGCGAGAGAUAUGACAACAAAAAACAGCUGAUUAGCAAACAUUUAAACUCAUUGUUUAACUUACAACAGAUUGGUCGCGAAUCGGCAAAGUCCUUGCGCUAUUUAGUGGAUCAUGUGUCCAAAAACCUACGGGCUUUAAAUACGUUGGGCCAGCCCACUGAUAAGUGGGACACGCUUCUUAUACAUAUGGUCGCGAAUAAACUUGAUAGUAAUACGAGUUUAAAAUGGGAGGAAUUUAAAAGUAAUUCAUUUUCAAAUGAUGAUAUGCCGUCAUUGGCCGAUUUUAAUCGCUUUUUAAAGGGACGUGCGGAUGUUUUGGAAUCGGUUCAGCGUAAUAAAUCUGAUAAGCCUAUCACUAAUAAUAAUAAUAAACGCGAACCUAUUGCCUCGCCUCAUAAUAAACGCGAGAAGUCUAGCACCAAAUGUUUUGCGGUUUCAGCCACUCCUGCUGCUUCGGCCUCGGCCUCUCCUCCUGCCUGUGUGUUCUGCAGCGGCGAGCACCGGAUUUACGAUUGCUCGUCAUUCCUGUCCCUGCCAGUUGAAGACCGGAUCUCCGGAGCGUCAAGGUUACGCCUUUGUCUCAACUGUUUGCGGAAGGGGCACACUUCUCAUCGCUGCAGAGUAGCUCCGUGUCACACUUGUCACUUCAUCAUCGGCCGCGCGCUCACUUCGUUGCCGUCGCCCCACCUCGCGGAUAUAAACCCAAACCGUUUAGAUAGGUUUCAGAGGCUCGAGGCAUUAAGACAGCAAUUCUGGCGGCGCUGGCAAUUGGAAUACGUCUGCGAGCUCCAACAACGGACGAAGUGGCGUGUUCCAGGACGAGAUCUUCAACUGGGUGACCUGGUCCUCAUCAAGGAAGAGAAUACUCCUCCCCUACACUGGCGGCUUGGACGAAUCGCCAAAUUGUUUCCUGGCGCCGACGGGAUUUCGCGAGUGGCCGAAGUUGCCACAGUAACGGGCACUUAUAAACGAGGUGUGAAGUACCUCUGCCCACUGCUGGACGACACUCAUGAAGCCUUGAAGGCUGACGCCUCCAAGGGCCCCCAGGAUGUUGCGGCUCCUACCAACGAAGGGGAAGCGGGGACCGUACGCCAAUAAACCAGUUGGCCCAUCAGCCGCGCCCCCCGCCGACUCUAUAGACGCCUAGCGAGCCAUUAGGCUCUGAGAUACAA